CGCCCGAUUCAUCCAAUGGGUUUUUCUCACGCCUUUGGCCGCUGACAACCGGCAUUUUGAUCGUGAAGGGGAAGUUGAGGGGGCUGACUCUGUUGCUAAGGGAGACUUCAUGUUAGUUGGUGGUGCCUCUGCCGUUGGCAAUGUGCGCGGCUCCUAAAGAAGCAGCGAAAUCGAAAGAUUGCCCGGCCGAGAAGUACCCCAGGAAGCGAUGGUUUAAGGUAUUUGAGGCAUGUGAUGAAGACAACAAAGGAUACUUAAACAGAGAGGACUAUAAGGUUGCUAUAGUGAUGCUUUUUGGCUAUAAACCUUCAAAGGUGGAAGUGGAUUCAGUUAUGGCCUCUGUGAAACAAAAUCCAUUUGGAUUAUCAUUUGAAGAAUUUUUAAAUCUUAUGGCUACGAAGAAGGUUGUACACUUUUACCAUAGUGAAAUAAGACAGUUAUUCAUUUCUUUUGACAGACAAUGUAAAGGAUUUUUAUCUUUCGAAGAUUUCAAAAAAGCUUUUGGUAUUGUUGCACCAAAGUUGCCAGAAAGGAUCAUUGUUGAAGCAUUCAGGGAGGUUGAUCAGGAUUCUGAUGGCCGUAUUAGCUUCAAUGAAUUUGAAUUAGCAAUGAACUACGGGCAAGAAAAUUUGUCUCAUCUUACCUAAAGUGUAUUUUGUUGUAAACAGCAGAAGAAGAGCUACAGUAACACUUUCAAAAAGCUGCAAAACUGUUUUCUUCAUAGUUAACAAAUCUAUAUAUGAUCUGGAAACAAACAAGCAAACCUGUCUUUUCAAAUGUCCAUGAAAUGUAUUGUUUGCCAUUAAUUACUUCUUUAGUUCUGGUUCCUCUUCCUCAAUAAAUGUGCAAAAUCAAUUGA